UCCAGCUCUAACUCCCAGAUCGAGUUCCCGGCCCCCACGCCAUGGCUAGUUCCUUCUCCCGAUUACUCUCUGCUCGCCCGGGACUCGGGCUUCUUGCUGUGGCUGGCGCAGGGUCUCUGGCUGCUGGGUUCCUGCUCCGCCCUGACCCACUACGAGCCGCUGGCGAGCGAAGAAGGCUGUACCCACCCAGCGCAGAGUACCCUGACCUUCGAAAACAUAACAACUGCAUGGCUAGUCACCUGACUCCAGCUGUCUAUGCACGGCUCUGCGACAAGACCACGCCCACAGGAUGGACACUAGACCAGUGUAUCCAGACUGGUGUGGACAAUCCUGGUCACCCUUUCAUCAAGACUGUGGGUAUGGUAGCUGGAGAUGAAGAGACCUAUGAGGUAUUUGCUGAGCUUUUCGACCCUGUGAUUCAAGAAAGACAUAAUGGCUAUAAUCCCCGAACAAUGAAGCAUACCACAGACUUGGAUGCCAGCAAGAUUCGGGCUGGCCACUUUGAUGAGAGGUACGUAUUGUCCUCAAGAGUCCGGACUGGCCGAAGCAUCAGGGGACUCAGUCUACCUCCCGCUUGUACAAGGGCUGAGCGACGAGAGGUGGAACGAGUUGUAGUGGAAGCACUGAGUGGUCUGCAGGGUGACCUGGCUGGAAGAUAUUACCGGCUCAGUGAGAUGACUGAAGCUGAGCAACAGCAGCUAAUUGAUGACCACUUCCUAUUUGACAAGCCAGUAUCUCCCUUGUUGACAGCAGCAGGAAUGGCUCGAGACUGGCCAGAUGCACGAGGAAUCUGGCACAACAAUGAAAAAAGUUUCUUGAUCUGGGUGAAUGAGGAGGAUCACACACGGGUCAUCUCAAUGGAAAAGGGUGGCAACAUGAAAAGAGUGUUCGAGAGAUUCUGCCGAGGGCUCAAGGAGGUGGAACGUCUAAUCCAGGAGCGUGGCUGGGAGUUCAUGUGGAAUGAGCGUUUGGGUUACAUCCUGACUUGUCCUUCUAAUUUGGGAACUGGACUUCGUGCAGGCGUGCAUGUCAAAUUGCCCCUGUUAAGCAAGGAUAGCCGAUUCCCCAAGAUCCUGGAGAAUCUAAGGCUACAAAAACGUGGAACUGGUGGAGUGGACACAGCUGCCACAGGAAGCACUUUUGACAUUUCCAACUUGGAUCGACUAGGCAAAUCAGAGGUGGAGCUGGUACAGCUUGUCAUUGAUGGGGUCAACUACCUGAUUGACUGUGAGCGGCGGCUAGAACGAGGACAGGAUAUCCGUGUGCCUGCACCUCUUGUCAACACCAAGAAUUAGCUUUCCAACUACCCAUAGACCUUCCCAAGCUCUCAGCCAAUUGCUCAGCCAAUACCCUCUCUUGCCAACUCUGAAUCUGACCCUUGACCAAGUAAAACCCA